AUGGGUCGUUCUCGUGUUCCUCGCUCUAUUGUAAUUGAAGAUUUAAGUGGAAGAACAAGGAGAAGCAAAAGGCUUGUUUCAUCAAUUGCUGAAAAUUCAGAAUUCGCAGCUGCAGGUCAAGGAACAAACGAAGGGGAAAGGGCACUAUUCCAUUGCAAUUACUGCAAUAAAGACGUCACAGGAAAGAUCCGCAUAAAAUGUGCAGUAUGUCCCGACUUCGACUUGUGUCUAGAAUGUUUCUCUGUUGGAGCUGAGAUUACACCUCACAAAAGCAAUCACCCAUAUAGGGUUAUGGACAAGUUGUCUUUCCCUCUAAUAUGUCCAGACUGGAACGCAGACGAAGAAAUGCUGCUUGUAGAGGGACUCGAAAUGUAUGGAUUUGGAAACUGGGAAGAAGUAGCAGAGCAUGCAGGUACAAAGAGCAGAGAUCAAUGUCUCGAUCACUAUAAUAGUGCCUACAUGAACUCUCCAUGUUUUCCUCUUCCGGACAUGUCUUAUACUGCCGGAAAGAAUAGAGAUGAACUUCUUGCGGUUGCUAAAGAGCAAGAGGAUGCCAAUAAAGCGUCUACAGGAGUUCCUUCAGUUACAGUUGCGGAGCUCUCCCUUCAAGAACAACCUACUUUCUCUCCAGCAUUGAAAACUGUAGAAGCUGAAGCUGUAGCAGAUGUGGGUUCUGGGAUCAAAGGUAGCAACUCAUUAGCGGUAACGGAUGGUACAACUAAAACAGCUUCGAACAUUGGUCGGGUUAAAGAUAUUGCUCCUGAUGCAAACACAGGGAAAGUAGACAGGAGUGUCGGGGUAAAGAAGCCAAAGGCGCUCAGUAACAAGGGUCCUUUCUUGCCUGAGGUGAGUGGCUAUAAUCCCAAGCGACGAGAGUUUGAUCCUGCAUACGACAAUGAGGCGGAGAAAUCUAUUGCAGACUUGGAAUUCAAGGACACUGACACUGCAGAUGAGCGUGAGAUAAAGCUUCGGAUGUUGCAUAUCUAUAAUCAAAGAAUUGCUGAACGUAAACGUAGAAUGGACUUCAUAUUGGAAAGAGGUCUACUUUAUCCUGAUCCCUUAGUGAAAGACCUCGAUCCCGAAGAAAGGGAGCUAUAUGAGAAGUAUAAGGUCUUCAUGCGAUUCCAUUCUAAAGAAGAACAUGACGAAUUGAUUGAGGUUGUCAUUGCCGAGCAUAGAGCUCGAAAAAGGAUUCAAGAACUCGAGGAAGCCCGAGCAGCCGGUUGUCGUACGUCUGCUCAAGCAGACAAGUAUCAUGCAAUUAAAAAGAAGUUAAUAGCCGAAGAAAAGGCAAGAAUGAAUCAGGAGGGAAGUCGUCAAGUGGCUGGUGUAAGCGGGAAAGUACUAUUCAAGGCAGGGGUUCCGGGUCAUGCAACAAUGGAACCUGAUAACAUCAACAGUCCUCAAGGAGUAGGUGGUGGUCCUGUAGGUUCUGCUAGUUUCGAGGCUGGUGGAAGUAGUGGAGAUCCUAAUCACCAUCCCUCCACCAUAGUUUCAGGAUCAGCUUCUUCUUCUUCUUCUUCUACAAGUUCCAUCAACCGUUGGGAUAUCACAGGACUUCCUGGAGCAGAAUUACUAUCUGGACCAGAAAAGCGUUUAUGCAUGGAAAUCAAAUUGAUACCAAAUCAUUAUCUGAAGAUGCUAGAAGCAAUGUCAAUACAGAUCUAUAGAGGUGGAAUAACAAAGAAAUCAGAUGCUUACCGUUUCUUCAACAUGGAUCCUAACAAAGUGGAUAAGAUUUAUGAUAUGCUUGUCCGGAAAGGGAUUGCUUCUCAUAGUUCAAACUAAGCAACCCAUUCUUUGUUUUAAUACAGCAAUCUCCUUGCAGUGUGAUUGAAGUCGCAUAUUUAUUCUUCAUGGGUUGGUUUAUUUGCUCUUAAUUAUAAGUUUCCUUAUGUACUUAUCUAUUGUAAUGCAGCUAAUGCUGUGGAAAUUGUCACCACUUCUUGGAUGGUUGUCUAGCCUAAGAAUUGGGAAGUUAUUGUAUUAAUAAAAUUGGUUUUGCCCAAGAAUUGGGAAGUUA